AUGAAUUUGGAGAAGGGCCGUGCACAGGGCCGAGGACGGGCGAGAGGUCGAGGCCGAGGUUGGGAUGCAGGCCGAGUCCGCAAUGUGGAGAACCUUUAUGAGGAGGCGACACCACAGGAAGAACAUGUUGAUGUCGCUGCGGUCGUUAGAGACGAUGGUCGUGUGCUAAAGCUGAUCAGGGACAUCAGUUGUCUGUUAGCGUCGUCAUUUCAUGGAGGCCUGGAUCAUAUGGUAAUGGACCACUGUAUCGAGAGCAUGGAGACCUACUUUGAGAUGAUGGAGUGCUCUGAGAUAAAGAAGAGGAUGAUAGCCACAUUCUUUCUGAAAGAUGAUGCACUAUAUUGGUGGAAGAGUACGAGGUGGACAGUAGAUGUGUCUACCUUGACCUGGGAUGGUUUCACGGCACUUUUUCGAGAGAAGUACUUUCCAGCUACAGUGCAGGAGAAUUUAGAGCUUGAGUUCCUUGAGCUAGCACAGGGGGAUAUGACUAUCAGGGAGUAUGAGGCUCGUUUUGCACAGUUGUACCGGUAUGUCAGGCCAAUGGGUGCUGAUAAGACUUGUGGAGGUGACGGGAAAGAUAGAGAUACUAGAGGAAAAGGCAAGGCAAUCAGUUCAGGCAGCGGGCCCUUAGGGCCGAAAGGUGGAUCUUGGAAGAGACCAAGACCCUAUUAUCAGAUUCCGGCUAAGACAUCAUCUCCAUCUGCUAGGACUGCACCUGUUAGAACGUUGGCAACAGUGAGGGAACCGAACAAGGUGACCAUCAAGACUAGGUAUCCCUUGCCUAGGAUUGAUGAUUUGUUCGAUCAGCUUAAAGGAGAUACGGUGUUCUCUAAGAAUGAUUUGAGAUCCAAUGAGUUGGUUGUGGUGUUUGUGGAUGACAUUCUGAUAUACUCCAAGUCUCAAGAAGAGCAUGUAGUGCAUCUGAGGACGGUGUUGCAGACCUUGAAGGAAGCAAAAUUGUAUGCCAAACUAGAGAAGUGUGAAUUCUGGAAAGAAUAUGUCAAGUUCCUCGGUCAUGUCGUCUCAAAGGAUAGAGUACUAGUAGAUCCGUCAAAAGUGGAGGCAGUAAAGAGUUAG